CUACUUCAUAAUUAUCAACUCAGAGUAAGAUACAGUCAGUACAGUGCAGGCAGUCAAAAUGUCCUACAAAAUCACCACCGACCCAGCCCUCUCCCCCUCCAACGCCCAAUCCAUGAUCUCCUUCAUGGAAUCCUUCUACCAAACCAGCGAUACCGAAGCCCUGCAUACCAAAUACGUCGCCAGCUUCACCGACAACGCUACCCUCAUCAUGGGCUCCAAGGUAGCGAAUGGAUCUGAUGAAAUCCUCAACCUCCGCCACGCAAUCUGGACACACGUUGCGUCGCGGCGCCACUUCCCCGAGAGAAUCUACUUUGGGGCUGCCAAUGAGCUCAUGCUGUACGGGACAGUCAGGUAUGUGCUCAAGGCGGAUGCGAGUCGCGAGAUUGAGGUGCCGUGGGCGGGGAGAGUGGUGUUUGAUGGUGAGGGGGAGGGGUUGAAGAUGAAGUUUUAUCAGGUUUAUUUGGAUCCUACUGCGCAGUCUGGGAAAUAAGGGUUUACAUAGACUGUUGAUAUACGAAUAGUAUACUUACCAUAUCUACUAGUAACAUGGAGUGUAGUCAGAUGAGGUAGUACGUAGGGCACGCAGUUUGAUAGAAUCAACCGGAAUUGAUCGUAAACUUCCAGUCAUAUUCCAUAUCAGAAGGAGGUAUUGAAAAAAAUUGGAACUGUAUUUUUUUCGUUCAACCUUCUGCUUUCUUUCUCUUGUUCUCUUUAUCUCAUGUGGAAAAGAAAAGAAAGAAAAAGCUUCUUCUCUCCGCGUAGCCCUGGUCGUUCAUUAGAAAUUCAACAUCACACAACUCCUUUUGCAUGUGGAAGAAGAAAUUCCAAUGUAAAUCCAACCCAUCAUUCCAUUUGUGCCGACUUUAAGAACUUGACCGCUUCAACCCAAAGCCACUCAUUUCAUUUUUUUCC